GUCACGCUCCCAGAAUGCCCGGCUGUUAGCGCGGCGCCAGCAGUCCAGGCCCAGACUCUCAUAAACAUCGUUUCAAAAGCUUCAUCUGGACAAAAUGUCCACGUGGAGGUCGAGCGGAGAGUGGAGGACGACGUCGGCGCGGCGGCAGGCGAUCCUUUUAGGAUGUUGAGCUUCCUCCCCAAUUCCGCCGUGACGGGAGUGCCGUGCUGCUGAACACUAGAGGACUGAGACAGAAAAACGCAAGCUCCAAACGCCCUCAUUACUGCAGCCCUCGUGGGGUUGCUAUGGCAGGUGCUGUCGCCGAAACCAAACGCUGGACGCAGGCCUGUCCCACCAAGGCAGGACAGACCACACGUCAUUGCCGCAAGGGACAAACUGCACUUAGUGUCAUCGCGAGCACACCCAGGAAACUAAAAGAGCCCUAAGAAGCAGAGCUGAAGCUGAUGUAGAAUCCUCAUGAGUGUUGCUUGUGUGGCCUCCAUCUCAGCUCCAUUCUCUUGCACCAGCACUACCCCCGUGGGACCAUGUUCCACCAGCAGGACCAGCUGAAGGGUCCGCUGCAGGAUAGCAUCAUCUUCCACUGCCAGGAGUGCGGGAAGCAAUUCAACACCCAGCUGGGUUACAGGCGGCACCUGGUGGAAGCUCACACCAACGCCGGCACAGGCUCGGACGGCACGCCGUCCCUGCUGGAGCACCUGGGCGGCGGCCACACCGACAGACCGCCCCCGGCCGAGGGCAACAACAACACCGUCGUGUCUGUGAGAGAGCGGAAAUAUUCCUGCGAGCGAUGCGACCGGCGCUUUUACACCCGCAAGGACGUACGUCGCCAUGCUGUGGUGCACACGGGACGCCGAGACUUCCUGUGUCCCCGCUGUGCGCAGCGCUUUGGCCGCAGAGACCACUUGACCCGUCACUUGAAGAAGAGCCACGCCCAUGACACGGGAUUGAUACCACUGGUUACGCCCAGCACUCCUGUGGCGACGUCCACCGCAACCACGCCGUGUCCCGCCAAGGAGGCCAGCCCUCUAUCCUCCGACAGGGGCUCCUCCUCUUCCUCCUCCAAGGAACCGGUGGAGACCUUCACCCGGGAUAUGUUCAACUCCUACCCCAUUGCUAACCCUGUGCCCGGGAUGAGUCACCCGCACGGCCUCAUGCAGGUCUCGCUGUCCUCCAGCAUGGGUCGCCACAUGCCUCCUCCGUCGACACACAACCACCACCACCACCACCUGCAGCCCCUGGCGGCGCCGCAGCAGCAGUCGUACGGCAACAUGUCUCGGUACCAACAAGGAUCUACCUCGUAUCCCCGCACUGACGUGGACAGCUUCCUGCUGGAUCUGCAGAGCGCCCCUCCUCCCCAUCUCAACUCUUCUACCUCUACGUCCACCUCCCCUCAGAGGGAGAUGCUCGGCGAAGGGAUGGGCGUUGGCGGUGAGCCCCACCUGCUCCCCAGGAAUCCUGCCAUCUCCCCGGCUGAGCUCUCCUGCACCACUAACAUGGAACUCGGCCCACUGUUGGGCUUUCUGCCUUUCAGCCUGCCGCCUUACAGCUCUCAUGUGGGGAUGGGAGGGUUAAUGAUGGGUUAUCCUCCUGCCACCACCGCCGCCUCCUCCCCAACUUCCUCCACUGGGUUGUCCUCCCAGUCUUCAGGGCCUUUUAGCUUCUUCCAGCCUCCUCAGGCUCACGUGCCCCAGGGCCCUGUGGCCCACAACCACAGCCAGCUACCUCAGGCAUACAGCACUUCUGCUGUUAGCACUUCUAGCUCCUUACCUCAUUACUACCAGGCCUUUCAGCAAUAAGCAGUUCUGUUGACCGCGAUUAGCCUUCUUCACACCUUUUUUUGUUUUUGUUUUGUUGAAUGGCAUCUUUAUGACGUAUACAUCAAGUAUGUAACUUGGAACACAACAAAUCACCUCAUCAGUAUUACCUCGUUAUUUAAAAAAAAAAUAGCUUGAAUGCACAACUUUGUCUCACUACAACCACCAGAGUCAUAUUUUUAAAAAACGUAUAAUUAACGGUUCAUGCACUUGACACAGUUAUCACAUGUGAUGGUUUGAUAACCGGAAGAAUACUUGUACCAUUAGUUACUGGGUAAAAGAACUCCAGACCAGCUCAGAAUCCGUUUGCGAGCACUGAGUUCCAAGGAGCCACGCUAACAUGGUGACACACUUAUCUCUAAUUACAAAUGCACUUAAGUACAUUUUUUAGCACAACAUACCUUUUUUAGCGGCUUAAAGGCGAGUCAGUCUUGUAAACCAGUGGUCCCCAACCUUUUAUACAACACAGACCGGAUUAAUGUCAGCAGUAUUUACACCCGUGCCGGAUAAAUACAGCAAAAAUAACGAGCAUGAAAACUACAACUCACUAUAACGCUGACUUAGUGGAAGCCCUGGGCGUGUUUCUUUGCAAUGAGAUGCAGAUGGAAAUCAGCCUUUGGUUACAAUCUGUCACUUUUAUAUUUGAUAUGUUCAUUCAUGUGCAUUGUGUCAUGUCACAAAGUUAGAAUCAAUGGCAACUUCCUAUGAGGAGUUUUAUUGUAUGUCUAUAAACAAGCUCAUUGGUGUGUCCAGUGCACAGGUGUCAAACUCAGGGCCCUCCACCUCAUUUUAUAUGGCGCGCAAAAGCCUGGAAAUAAUGUGUCAGUAAAAUACCUUAUUUUCUUUAUUUUCUUACUAAAGGUAUUCACAUUUUUUUCUAGUUUGACAGGGGAAACAAAUAAUGUCCGAUAUUGCAACAAAUGCUAUAUAAAGUAACUUUGUUGGUCAAAAUCCAAAUAAAUACUUAAAUAUCUGCUUAACUUAUGAUUUCCAAGCAAGUUACCCAUCAAAUUGUUCACUAUAAAAAUGACCAAUAGAUUUUACUGUAAAAAUGUAGGGAUUUUAAAAAAAUUUUUUACAGCAUAGCUGAAAAAAAUGACCAAUGUUUUACUGUUUUUACAGUAAAAUUCUGUCAACUGAGCUGUGAUUUUUUUGUUUUUUUACUGUAAAAUCCACGGUUGAUGACUUUAUGGUACCACAUUUUAUUAUGGUAAAAAACUGGCAGCUGAGUUGCCAAAAUAAAAUUAAACUGCGCUGCUGUAUUGCUAUUUACAGUAAAAUGUUGUAAAAAUAUAUAUUUUUUAAGAAACACCAUAUUUUACAGUAAAAGUCUGGCAACUAAGCUGCCACUUUUUUUCCCGUAAAAAAUUGUAAAAUCAGAUUUUUUUAAAUUUUUAUUCUUUAUGUUAAAAAACAAAUUUAUUUUCAUAGGUAAAUUCCUGAAUAAUUUACUGUUACAAUCGGCCCUCUAAUGGCAGCCAUGACUGCGGUGUGGCCCUCAAUGAAAACGAGUUUGACACCCCUGGUCUAGUGGGACAGGCUCAAGUUAAGUUGGAGAAAAUGACAUCCUUUUUUAUAAGUUAUUGAAUGUUUCUCUGCGGCCCGGUAGCUAAUGCAUCACGAACCGGUGGUUGGGGACCACUGUUGUAAACGACUCCUGACGGAAAUAAAAGAAUCUGGCAUUUGACAGCGGCGAUGCCAGUCAUACAGAGAAAGCCUGACCAUGAUGCCAAAUACCAGUAGAUAUCAUGGGAUGUCAGUCCCUCAAUUCUCUGACGUGAUGCUGUGCCUUUGGAUCCCUGAACCCUAGAGGCCUUCAGAAAGCGUGCAGCAGCCAUGUGGCUGUAGUAUCUCAUUUCUAUACUUUUAACGCACUAUGCCAAAAUGUCUCACAAUGAACCUUAGUUGCUGACUGCAAAUCAGGAGACUCACCUUAAAGAGCCUAACUUAACACCUCAAAUAGUCGUUUCCUUCUAGGUGGAUUACUCUCCUAGAUAUUGGACAAUGCUCUUCUGGCAUUCCUGCUUUUUUAACAUCUAUUAGCCACAAUGCAAGUUCAUUUUCUAAAACAAAGAUCUUCAUAAUCGUAUUUUAUAAUGUGUAAAAAAAAAAAGCCCUCAUUGGUAGAAGGAUUGUCGUUACUUUACAGAGUUGUAUUCCUCUUCUUCAGGUCCUUCACAUACGAUAUAUUAGGACAUGUAUAGUUUGGAUUAGUGCUGGGCGAUAUGGCUGAACACUGUAUCACGAUACAAGCACAAUAUUAUUGAUAUUUUUAUGAUUUAUGGAAAAUGAGGAUUGUCUGAUUAUAAUCCUCCAGCUCUCAAGACAAGCAUGAAAAACACUCAAUGUCAAUCAAAUAGUAAAAUCACAUUGAACACUUAACAAAAAGCUCUUAAAAUGAAGGUGCAAAAAUAAGGACUAUGUUGGCAAUAUUAAAGUGUAAGAAAAUAUUGUGAAAAUGUGAACAUAGAAACCUGAGAAACUGUUUUUGGCAGGUUUAGUGGCAGCUGUGCUCUAAAGGGUGAGCUAAGGUGGUGUGGUGUUAGCCGCCUUGCUUUGCAUCCGUUACAGACCACAUUGGUCUGACUACGGUCCCCUUUUUUUUAAAUCCCCAAAUCUGCCUAGGUCCCUUUUUCUGUUUUAUCCAAGAUUUAACUUUAACUUUCUCUUCUCACUCCAUGCAGAGAAUCAACUGCAAGAACGCGCAACCAAACUCGAUAGUUGAUAUUGUUACCUGAUUGGCUGUUAACGUGUAACUCAGUGACACCCAGAGAGCGAGUGAUUUGUUCAUGCAACAGAACCUGCUUCCAUACUUCUGCUUUCUUCUGAUGGAAAAAUAUUUGAUCAAACACAUUUUUUCCUGCUAUUGAUUACGUCUGUGUGGUGAUACUUUCUGAUGUUGGUUUAUCGCCCAGCCCUACCAUGUGUUGUCAAGUAAUAAUUGGUCAAAAAAGUCCAAACUAGUCCAAUAUAUCCGUCUAGUAGAGGUAUUAUUUUGGGGAAAUAAUGUGAAAAUUGAAAAACAUCUGACAGAAUUUCUCUUGGGUUUGGUUGGUCACGGACGUCCUGGUUCUAAUGUGGCGGCCGUAAUUGGAAUAAUAGUUGUUCCCACUGGCUCGUUGAUUCCUAGAAUCAGCCAUAGGCAACUUCUGUAAAGCAGAACGGUCAAACUCACAUGCCAACCAAAUCCGAACUUUGACAAGCGAGAAACGCCCAACGUGACCCCAAGCAUCAAAAACACAAACUCCUUGAUUUUAGGUAGCGACGCAUACUUGUGAUCAUUUAGAUGUCUAAAGAGUUAUUCUUAGAGUACAAGAACCAGCCCCAUUUUUGAAGAUAGAACUUUAAGUUUAAGGUUGACUUUGUAGGGAAUGGGUCAGUGUUUGGUGCGAGAAGCAGUACUUCUACACGAAGCACGCCAUCUUGUGGUCGCACUUAAACUGAGUGACGUGACCCCUGACAUUUUUUAUCUUUAUUGUGUAAUUUAGAUUCUCUGGAUGUGAGCAACUAUGACCUUGUUGCUGUUUUGAUUUAGCACAGCAAAAAAAAAAUCUAUAGUAUGCAUAGCCUUUUCUGAUAUUACCCAUAAUGACCCUGUCUGCUAGUUUUACUUUGGUGUGUUGGAGCUUCCAAUGGAGGUGGGACUGAAACGCCACACGCAAAUUUGACUUCCUUCCUUCCCCCAAGGGGGGGUGGGUGUCAAUAUCAGAAGGAGAAAUACUUUAUUAAUCCCCGGCGGGAACAUCAGUAUCAAAGUUUUCGACCUAUUUCUUUGGUAAUUAUGUCACACUGUCAAGAAGAAUGGAUCCCAAGCGGAUUUUGUAGUCCGGUAGUACCUCGGGAUACAAGUUUAUUUAGUUCUGGGACACAGCUCGUACCUCAAACUUGUAUUUGCCAAACAGCCUCACCCAUUAAAUGGAGUUAAAAUCCAUUCAACAUGUGCGAUUUUAACAUGUAAGACAAAGGAAUUUUUAGAUACAAAAUAGUCAAAAGCAGUGAAGUUGUCACCUUGUGUAAAUGCUAAAUAAAAAGAGAAUACAACAAAUCCUUUUCAACUUAUAUUCAAUUGAAUAGACUGCAAAGACAAGAUAUUUCAUCUUCACACUGACAAACUUUUGCAAAUAAUCAUGAAGUUAGAAUGUAAUGGCAGCAACACAUGUCAAAAAAGGCAUUUUUACCAGUGUGUUACAUGGCCUUUCCUUUGAACAACACUCAGUGCAGGUUUGGGAACUGAGGAGACACAUUUUUGAAGUGGAAUUCUUUCCCAUUCUUGCUUGAUGUACAGCUUAAGUUGUUCAACAAUCCUGGGUCUCUGUUGUCGUAUUUUAAGCUUCAUAUUGCACCACACAUUUUCAAUGUCUGGACUACAGUCUAGUACCCACACUCUUUUACUAUGAAGCCACGCUGUUGUAACGCGUGGUUUGGCAUCGUCUUGCUGAAAUAAGCAGGGGCGUCCAUGAUAACAACAUAUGUGGCUCCAAAAGCUGUAUGUACCUUUCAGCAUUAAUGGUGCCUUCACAGAUGUGUAAGUUAGCCAUGCCUUGGCCACUAAUACACCCCCAUACCAUCACACAUGCUGACUACAACACUUUCACCCUACAACAAUCACUAAUACACCCCCAUACCAUCACACAUGCUGACUACAACACUUUCACCCUACAACAAUCACUAAUACACCCCCAUAC